GAGAGAGAGCCCCGGCCACGUUGUUGGGACCAUGGUUGCUGCUUCUCGGUGAUGCGGGGGGGGGAAAUCGAGCAGACGGCGGAUAGGAACCGCGUCCCACCCAGCGGCUCGGAAACCUCAGAGCAAAAACGUCGCGGAGAGUAGCAGCCAACCAUGAGUGUACUUCCACCAGUCAGAAGAGACCGAAUCAUACCAGAUCUACCUUCGUGCUUCACAAAAGAAGCUGCUCUCCAUACCAAGGACAUAUUUAAUCCCAAAGUGAAACGUGCCUGCCAGGAUGAUCGGACAGGAACAGUUGGGUUGAAGAUUUCCAAGAUUAUUGUAGUUGGGGACCUGUCAGUCGGAAAAACGUGUUUAAUCAACCGGUUCUGUAAGGACACCUUUGACAAGAAUUACAAAGCUACUAUCGGGGUGGAUUUUGAGAUGGAGCGGUUUGAAGUACUCGGAGUUCCCUUCAGUUUGCAGCUAUGGGACACAGCAGGACAGGAGAGGUUCAAAUGUAUUGCUUCCACAUACUACAGAGGAGCACAAGCAAUAAUAAUUGUAUUUGACGUCAAUGACAUAGCAUCACUGGAUCAUGUAAAACAAUGGUUGAGAGAUGCCCUUAAAGAAAAUGAUCCUACCUCUGUACUAUUGUUCUUAGUUGGGACUAAGAAAGACCUCAGUUCACCCGCCCAGUACAACUUGAUAGAGAAAGAUGCUAUCAAAAUUGCCAAGGAAAUAAAAGCAGAAUAUUGGGCAGUGUCUUCUCUAACAGGAGAGAAUGUAAAGGAGUUCUUCUUCAGGGUUGCAUCAUUGACCUUUGAAGCCAAUGUACUGGCCGAGCUGGAGAAGACUGGCCCCAGGAAGAUUGGGGAUGUUGUUCGCAUCAACAACAAUGACAAAAACCUGUUUAAAAAUGCAAAGAAAUCGAAGCCUAACUGCUGUCAGUGACAGAGCGCCACACCGCCUACCUAAGAGAUUACUCAUUGCACUAAAUCCAUUUUUAACCAAAGAUUUCUCACGCCAACAAAAUGCCACCAGCCACUCAGUCAUCGCCUUUGUAAUGCGAAACAAUGUUAAAAGAUGAGAAAGAAAUGCCGGUCGGGAGAAUGUCCAGCUAGGAACCCUGUCCGUUUGAGACUAUCUCCAAGAAAUUGCUGUCAAGAUUUUUCCCACAUAUGUCAAUUUUGCAUCAUGUCAUAAUAUUAAUGGAAAAAAGUAACACUCCCAUGUGCUAAAGCGCACUUGGACACCAGUUGGGUUGGACUCUGUUAGAACCAGGAAGCAAACCAUUGUUCGAGGUUGUGUGUCUCGCAUCAUUGAUGUGCUCAACCUAAGGAAUCACCACUCCAGAACAAAAUUAAAGAGCAAAGGUCUGAAAUAGAAGCUACAAGGCUAGUUUGGUGCCAACCAAAGUACAUUUCAGUAGAUUUUCCUGGUUUUAUACAUGAGGCACAACAAGUAGAGGAAAACCAAGCAGAGAGAAUCACAAGUUCUUAAGUGAGCUUCCUCAAUUUGAUUGUCCAUUUGCGGUAAUAGAGAUAAAAUCGGAAACGCUCUCUUAUGUGCUGCCCCCUGAUUGAUUUUCCUGCAUUUGUUGCAUCUGGGUAAUCCGAUAUCCCCCAAGUUCAGGACAAGGAAAAUCUGGCCUAUUUUUGACAGCAUGUUAAGCCUUGACAAGGUUGCAAAUAGCAUCACAAAUCAGUGACAUUCUCAGUCCUAUAAGUAGCCAAAGUUUUUUGAAGUUCGUAGGUAUUCAGUGUUAAUGUGAGGAACUGCAGAGUUUGAGUGUUUAUGUGUUAUGCAGACGCUGUUGACAUGUUGGGACAUCAUUUACAUGUUUCUCAAUACCAGAAUCCUUAAUCCUGCCAGCAUAACAAGUCAAUCCCAAAGUGUAAUAUGUUGUGUAAAUAAUUUUGAGAUGAUUCAACUGCAAGGAUGCAAGAUAUUUCCUUUCUCUUUCAUGUGUAUGAGACAGCCUCUUGCGACGCCUGGCUUCUAAAUUAAGUCACAGUUUAAAAUAUAAAGUCAAACUAUGUAACUACACAGCUGUUUGCCAGUUUCCCCUGCAGCAGACAGGGGUGGGGGCUGGUAAAUUCUCUGUACAAGCGGCCAAUGGGUACUUAUCCCUGGCUGCUAAGCACAGACAGUACAGGUAGAGAUCCAACGUUAUGGGUCUCGGUCUCUUGACGAUGCUGCAGGAUUUCUGGGACAGAGAUGGACUAUAGUGCAGGUGGGAAUUGGGCAUUUCUGAAUCAUUCUAAUCCCACCUUCCAGCAACUGGUCUGUAGCCUUUCAGGUUACAGCAUUUCAGGUGCAGAUCCAGGUACCUUUUUAAAUGAGUUGAGGGUUUCUGCCUCUACCACCAAUCCAGGUAGAGA